AUGCUUAUGGUUGUGCGAUCUUGUGCUGCUGGAGAUACAGUGCUCCUGAAGGAGGUUCCUGCCAGGAUGCAGACCAUGCUUAAGCAGCGCAGCGGCCUCCGCGCCGCCCAGCCAGGCCGGCGUGUGGUGAAGGUUCGUGCCGUGGCCGCGCCCCUGAAGACCUCCACCUCCGCGCCCUCGUCCUCCAAAGCGCUGGUAACCCCCGAGGUCGCCAAGGAUCUGUACUACGAUAUGGUGCUGGGUCGCGAGUUCGAGGAGAUGUGCGCGCAGAUGUACUACCGGGGCAAGAUGUUUGGAUUCGUACACUUGUACAGCGGCCAGGAGGCCGUAUCCUCCGGGGUAAUCCGUCUAUUGCGUCCGGACGACCACGUUGUGUCCACCUACCGCGAUCACGUCCAUGCGCUGUCCAAGGGGGUGUCGGCCCGGGAGGUGAUGGCGGAGCUUUUCGGGAAGAAGACCGGGUGCUGCAGGGGCCAGGGCGGCAGCAUGCACAUGUUCAGUUCGAAACACAACGUGCUGGGGGGUUACGCGUUCAUCGGGGAGGGCAUUCCGGUGGGUCUCGGAGCCGCUUUCCAGUCCAAGUACAGGCGUGACGUGCUGGGAGACGAGAGCGCCGACAGCGUCACGUGUUCCUUCUUCGGCGAUGGCACUUGCAACGUGGGGCAGUUCUACGAGUCACUCAACAUGGCGGCCUUGUACAAGCUGCCGCACAUUUUCGUGGUGGAGAACAACCUGUGGGCUAUCGGUAUGAGCCACCUGCGCGCCACCAGCCGUACAUCGGGUGACGAGCAUCCGUAUAUUUACAAGAAGGGCCCCGCAUUCGGAAUGCCAGGCGUGCUGGUGGACGGUAUGGACGUGCUAAAGGUUCGCCAGGUGGCUCAGGAGGCGGUGGAGCGAGCUCGUCGCGGCGAGGGGCCCACGCUGAUCGAGGCGGAGACCUACCGCUUCCGCGGCCACUCCCUUGCCGACCCGGAUGAGCUCCGCAGCAAGGACGAGAAGGCCAAGUACCUGGCCAGGGACCCCAUCCCGCAGCUGAAGAAGUACAUGCUGGAACACGGCUUGGCGACCGAGGCGGAUAUCAAGGCGCUGGAGGACAAGGUGGCUGAGGUGGUGGAGGACUGUGUCAAGUUCGCCGACGAGUCCCCCAAGCCGGAGCGGGGGCAGCUGUUGGAGAACGUGUUCGCCGACCCGCGUGGUUUCGGAAUCGCGGAGGACGGCCGCUACCGCUACCAGCAGGCGGGUUUCAGCUCCGGGACCGCAGUCGUCUCCCCUCCAAUUGGUUUCCUUUGGCACUGA